AUGGGGAAUAUUGCUGCAUCAGCAAAGUCAGCACCACCGCCAGAUGACAUACCUGAAUUGGGUAUUGGAUCAGGAGAUCCUGCAAAGGAUCCAGCUCCAGAUAAUGAUCAGUCUGACUCUUCUAGAGUUGGGUCUUUUGAGGAACUUCCACGUAAGACGAAAGACGUCCUUGCAAAACCGUUUGAGGGUUGCAAAUUCACCUGGAACAAAAUGAUUACAGACAGAUUUCAAGCCACUCAUACCAUCAACAUGUCCUCAUUCAAACCUGCAGCCUAUAAGUUUGGUACCACUUACGUUGGAGGAAAGAAAUUGGGGCCUAAUGAGCAAUAUCCUAUUCUUAUCAGUGAGUACGGAGGUGGAACAGUCCAGUUUCAAGGAAUUCAUUCAUUUACUAGUGAGAUACAAGCCAAGGCAGUCAUCCAUGCUACUGACAAAUCAUUCUCGAUGUAUCAAGCUGACAUUGGUUACAAGGGGGACGAUUUCUCAGCUCAAUUAACUGGUGUUAAUGCCAGUAUUAUUAAUCCACAGGGAAUCUGGGUCGGCCACUAUCUUCAGAAAGUAUCAAAGCACUUAUCACUGGGAGGAGAGUUAAUGUUCCAACAUGGUAUGGGAUCUAAAGCUGCUGUUAUCACGUACGGAGGAAUGUACAAAGACGACAAAAGCGAAUUCGUGGUAAAGACGGGUGAACCAGGAACCCACUUCUGUUACUACCAGAAAGGAAACGAGCAGGUGGAAUGUGGGGUGGAGUUCGAGUACGUCAAACAGAUCGGCGAGUCCGUCACCACCUUCGGCUACUCCAUCGACCUACCCAAAGGACUCUCCAAAUUUAAGGGAUCCAUAGAUUCGGACUGCCUGACAGUCAAGGGAAUUGUCCCAGUUAAAAGUACACCGGGCAUUAGUCAGCAUUGA